AUGCCUGGCAGUGAGGCUUUUCGGGCCUUGAGGCUGCUUUCGCGCACCUCAGGCGGACUUCUGUCGGGGUCGGAGGGUGUCACGCGACGAUGCCUUACGCGUUCAAUGGUCACUGAGGCUCAGGCCCAGGCUUCCUCCACAUCCAAUCCCUCGACAUCCGCGCCCGUCGCGCCAUGGGACCGUCCCGUCCAAGUCAUGACAUACGCCUUCCCUUCUAUGGAGCCUGCUCGUCUCGUCGAAUACUCCCAGAAACAAUUACAGAUGCCUCUCCGGAAAGACAUCCUCCACCGUGCAGUCGUCUACGAGGGUGACAUGUCCCGACAAGGAACGGCCAGUACCAAGUGGAGGGGAGAGGUUCACGGUAGUCACCGCAAGCUCAUGCCGCAGAAGGGCUCUGGCCGCGCUCGUGUGGGCAACAAGCAGUCACCAAUUCGAGUGGGUGGAGGUGUUGCUCACGGUCCCCAUCCUCGCGACUUCUCGACCGAACUGCCCGCCAAGAUCUACGACCAAGCCUGGCGCAUUGCCCUCAGCUACCGCUACGCCCGCGGAGAGUUGAUCGUUUUGGACAACGAAAUUGCCCUCCCUAAGAACUCAACACCGUUCCUCAUGGAGCGUAUUCUCAAGGACCACGGCUGGAGCACCAAGAAGGGCCGGUCGACUCUGAUCACGGCGGAUUUCGACGAGAACUUGUUUGACACGAUGGAGAAGCUCAAGCAAUACGCAACCAUUAAGGACUGCAGCGAGGUGGAUGUGAAGAACCUGCUGGAGACGGAGAGACUCGUCAUUGAGAGGACGGCGCUGAAUCGGUUCUUCAAGUGGCACUCGCGUGAUUUGACGAGUAAGCCGGCGAAGGCACGAUACCUGUGA